UUCUAUCUCGGAAGCCUCGCUCGGUCACCUCUGAGUUCAAACGAGAUGGCGAGAUCGACUUCCGAGGAAAAGGGGCGUGUUUGUGCGUGUCGCUAGGCAACGUCCUCGGAGCUCCGAGACGGAUGGAUAUUAAAACGCACCACAGCAUCCGUGAUGUUGAAAGUAAAUCUCGCGAGACCAUCAACAUGAUUGCGUGUGGCCUUGAAGUCAGUGCCGUUGCUGUGGUUACGGAUGAACGCGAUUGGACGAGGAAGUACAGUUUUAUACUUGGAGGAGCUCAAGACUUACCUCAUAGGUGGCCACUAAAUAAUAAUAAUAGAUAAUGGAGGAUGACGACGGAUUGAACGACACAUUAAGACAGCAGUUUCAAGCCCUGCAGAAUCAGCAGAAGAGACGACUCCAAAAAAAACAACCCAGACCACAUACGCACGUCACACACGAGACUGCAGAAGUCCAGGAUAACCUGAACCUGUCAGAUCAAGGCUCUGCCUCUGAUCCUCAUCCACAUCUAAACCUAAAGGAGAGUUUGUUACAGAAUGAGAUUCAGCAGUUGCUCGAUCAGGUGAGAGAACUCCGUGAUGAAAAUGGCCGUCUCCUCAAACUCGCAAGUGAGAAGGAUUUUGAGAUAAAUCACCUGAAUAAGAAGAGAUCUGAGGAGCGACUGGCCCUUGGAGGCACAUUUGGUCUUGCGGGGGAUGCGGCAGCUGCCAAGAUUGUUGAGCUUUCCAAAAAGAACAGAGAGUUAACAGCUGAAGUGGAGAGAGCGACGAUUAAAAUAAAGCACGGCAGCAAACAAAUCAGAGAGCUUGAGAUGAAGCUAGAAGAUGCUGCAGUUCACACUCCUGGCCAAAAGUUUGACACAAGAUUGACACAGGUUUCGAGGUCCUCCGAAGGCUGUGAGAGCAGUCCUGCAGUGAAAUCCCUGCAGGAUAAAUUAGCGGCUGCCCAGUUCAAAAUGACAGAGUACCGCAACCAGAUUCAAGCUGCCAAGCAGGAGGUGAAAGUAGCUCAGAAGGCAUUGCUGAGUGAGGUAGGAGAGGAGGUCAACCUUCAACAACUUAUAAGCAGCCCGGGGAGCUUCAGAGGACGUUCUCAGCAGAUUCUAGCGCUUCAGUCACGGGUGCGAGACCUUGAGCAGCAGUUGGCUGCGUCCACGCAGCGAAGGCACGGCAGCAUGGAGGACGAGCUUCUGGGGGCACGGGUCCUACAGAAGACCUCCCCUCAGGACAAGAACCUGGGGCACAUCCGCAACAUGGAAAAGGAGAAGAGGGAGGCCUUUGAGCGGCUCACAGCAGCGUAUGAGGGGCUCUUGGAAAUCCAUAAGGAAACCAAGACGAAGCUCGAGGCAUCCAGGGCCAGGAAUAAAUCUCUCACUGCGGAAAUGAAGAUGCUGAAGGUUCAGAUAUCCACCCUCCUGGACAAGGGGAAACACGAUGAUGAGCUGGUGGACACUUUACUGAAACAGCUGACCCGUCUGCAGGAGGUGCUGGCCAGGCACAGUCAACAGCAAGACGCACAGAGCCAGUACACCCAAGUGCCCCUGGGCAACUCCGACACCACUCCACGCAAUACCCUCGUCCAAAAGCUUGGGCAGUUGGUAGCUGAGAAAGAAGCAAAGGUCAAGGAACUAGAGAAGGAGAUUCAGCAGCUCUCCUUAAAGAGAGAAGAUACGGGUAGCCAGUCCAGCUUCCAGACCUGCAAUACCCAGAAUCUGCCAGAAGAGGGAGACAGCAGCAAGAUAAUCACUUCUACACGGCCGGUUUCUAAACAUGGCCAUCAACUAGUGCCUUCAAAUCUAGGAAACAGUGUGGAGUUAGGAGAGAAGGAGAUGAAGGUACGGUGUGUGGAGGCGGACCAGAGGUCCCUGGAGGCUCGUCGUGAGGCAGUGACCCUCGAGCAGCAGCUGGAGAAGGCCAAGCUAGAUCCAGCGAAAACAUCCACUCGUGAUGCCAGCAGCAGGAAGUGAAUGCAAUCGUGCAAUUUCCGCUUUCAAUAGCCUGACAAAAAGUGCGGGGCGAUUUAGUUGAACCCUAUUUAUUUUGAAUGUUGUCAAUAUGUGGCUUAGUUGUAGGAUUUACAGACUGGAUACAAGCACCACACAAACAGUUGUAGCUACAGACACGGUACAAACUGAAAGAGGAAAAGCGGUUGCUUCUCUUGACCCGAGGAUCAGAUGAUCUCAGAGAUGUUGGUCUGUCUUCCCCGUCUUCCCCGUCUUCC